UGCAGGUUUCACAGCACAGUUUCUCAGCCUGCCAUCGACGGGGGUCGCUCCUCAUAGUUGUUGAUUUUUUUUUUGGAAAAAGGAAACAGCCUGUAAACAUAUGGAAAUAGCGACAAAACGGAGGGAUAAUUCUCACCGGUGGCGAAGCGUGCUCCUCUCCUCUCCCCCUCCUCAUACGAGUUGCUGAAGAGGGAGGAAAGGGACAGCUUGUGCAUCUCACGGUCUUCCUCAUCUGGCGUCGGAGGGGCACGGCCGUGCGUGAGCCAUGACUCUGAGCUCAGAGAUGUCGGAUGCCUCCAUCCUUUCGGAAGAGACCGACAUAGACGUGGUCGGAGAAGGCGAGGAUGGAGACAGCCAGACGCGCUCCUACGUGGAUGAAGUAGCGCAGAUGCACGACGGUAUCCUCCUGGCCGGCUCUCCACCUCCGUGCCUGGACAGCUCCACCUCUUCAAGGGAUACCUACAAGCCGGCGGGCAAGAACACCCUGGUGAAGCCACCUUACUCCUACAUCGCCUUAAUCACCAUGGCCAUUCUUCAGAGUCCCAAAAAGAGGCUCACUCUCAGCGAGAUCUGCGACUUCAUCAGCAACCGCUUCCCGUACUACAGGGAGAAGUUCCCGGCCUGGCAGAACUCCAUCAGGCACAACCUAUCCCUCAAUGAUUGCUUCGUUAAGAUACCGAGGGAGCCCGGGAACCCAGGGAAAGGCAACUACUGGACUUUGGACCCGGAGUCGGCUGAUAUGUUUGACAACGGAAGCUUUCUGAGGCGGAGGAAACGCUUCAAGCGGCAGCAGACUCAAGACCUGCUGCGCGAGCACAACACUUUUCUACCCGCGGCCGCUGCCUAUGGCUACGGACCGUACGGCUGCGGGGGAUACGGCAUCCAGCUCCAGUCCUACCACGCACACUCUGCGCUUUUUGCUUUCCAGCAGCAGCAGCAGCAGCACCCGAGGCAUUCACACUCACACUCGGGGACCAUUAUCCCUGCACCGUCCCUGAUGCCCACCAGCACUACCACGGACUUAACCAGAAGUAGAUUUUAUCCCCAGCUCAGCUCCAGUCUGGGCUCAGCCGGCGUGCAGGCAACAUCACCGGUCCAGAAAUCGAGCUCCCCGGUGCAGCGGUCCCCCUUCUCCAUAGAGAGCAUCAUCGGAGGGUCUCUUAGCCCCUCCAGGACUUCUCCUGUCGUUGUCCCAGUCUUACCGUCCUCUCUGGGGCCUGCAGUGACCAGCCAGCCGCAGACCAUACAUCCUGGAGCUGUUUUACAUCCGGUUGAAAACUUUCCGAGCAGAGUUGUCAGCGGCACUAGCGCCUGUUAAAUGUCUUAACUCCAAACUUUUCAAGACACUUAAAAAAAAGAGACAGCAACCUAAACAAAAACGCCCCUCUUUGAAGGUAGGAUUAUUUUUGUAUGUUUGUUUUGCUAGCACGCAGCUGAAUGAUGGACAUGCAGAACACUAUUUGUGCCUAUAUAUUCAUGCUGUUCAUGAAGAUAUAUUUAUGUUCAUUAUUUUUGUUUGUUUAUUUCGGUGUGAAUCAGACUUUCGACCACGAAUUUAACUUUCCAGCCUUUUUUUCCCUACCAUGAAGUGAUUCGUUUUCAGUCACUGUAUAAAGGCGUCUCAGGAUAACGGACAGGUUACAAACGAUCACGUGUCUGAAACAGGCUUAUAAUGUAUUUGUGUCAAACACAUCAAUGUUUUCUAUCAGCCAAUCAAAGCGACCUUUUUUGAAGGUUUUGAUUUGAUGUUUGUAUUAAAGAGAAACGCAGAGCAAAGUCAUACAUUUAUAAUAAUAUGCAGUGUUUAUUUCAGUAAUUAAACCUUGUACAUUUUUGGCAAGUAUUGUGUAAUUCAAGUGUGAUAUUUUUACACAGUUUAUUGUUUUGUUUUUUUCCAACAAGAAUAAAUUUCGUUU